ACACUUGCGAGGUCUUAUGGUUUUCUAUCUUUGCGAGUUCCAAUUAAUCGUUCCAUUCAAAGUCAACGCCAAAUCUCCAUCCGCGGUGGAAAGGGUCAAUCGCCAUCGCUCUAUAUUUACGGAUAUGAUCACCAAUCACGCCACGCCAAUUGCUGAGAGCGAAUCAAGAAGCUCCAUCGGCCAUGGCGUCGCCGGAUGCCUGCUUCUGCCUCAGCUGGCGGAUGGCGGUGGAGGCCAACAAUGCCCAAGGGUGGCGCACCGUCCCGCCGCAAUGCGUCGGCCACGUGGAGCGCUACAUGCUGGGCGGCCAGUACGGAAGCGACGUCGCCGCGGUCGCCGACCAGAUCGCGAUCUACCUCGGCGGCAGCGCCGCCGCCGACGGCAAGGAUGCAUGGAUUCUCGACGUCGACGACACCUGCCUCUCCAACCUCCCCUACUACAAGGAGAAGCACUUCGGAUAUAUACAUCGAUCGUUAGGGGGGAGCCGUACGACUCGAGGGCAUACGUGAGCUGGGUACUGAGAGGGGCUUGCCCUGCAAUCCCUCAAGUGCUUGGGGUUUACAGGAAGCUGAUGGAGAGAGGGUUUCAGGUUUUUCUGGUCACUGGAAGAAGCGAGGACGUUUUGGGAGCUUCCACGGUUGAAAAUCUGGCAGCUCAGGGAUUUGAUGGCCAUCACAGACUGAUCAUGAGAAGCGCUGCUUACAGAGGAUAUGGGGCAGUACCCUACAAAUCUACUAUUAGAAGGCAAUUAGUGGCAGAGGGAUACAGGAUCAGAGGCAAUGUUGGAGAUCAGUGGAGUGAUUUGUUAGGAGAAUGCGUUGGGGAUCGCACAUUUAAAAUUCCAAAUCCCAUGUAUUUUAUACCAUGACAGAACUCAACUCUAAUUGAACUCGCAAUGCUGUGUUUUAUCUCAUAGCAGAGAAAGUGGAUUGACCCUAGCUAUGAAGUUUUAUAAGCUUGGAAUGAAUGAACAUUGAGAUCCUAAA